UCAAAAGCACAAUCUAGAUGUGUAAACAUUGUAUCAUUAAAUUUAAAUUUAUCAUUAAGAAGUAUAUUACGAUUUUAGUAUAUGUAGUACAUUUUGUAAUGCUUAAAGUAACAAUCGGGCGACUUUAAAUUAAGAACAUCAAAUAAGAAGGUAAAUUCACUUUGCUAACAUGGUUUAGUUGUUAUUCAGCAGACAGACAGGACAAACAUUGAAGGCAGGGAAGUUACCUAGAGGUAGCAAUGGCGGUAAUAGAAGGGGGCCGGCUUUUGCAAUUGUGGAACGAAUGGGGGAUCCAAUUCUUGGUCCUCCUCAGCUUCACAUUUCAAGUUUUCCUCUUGUUGUUUGCCGGGAUCCGCCGGCGUGGAGGCUCCACUGUGAUGAGGCUCCUCCUCUGGCUGGUGUACCUCCUGGCAGAUUCCACGGCAAUAUACGCGCUUGGACACCUAUCCGUGACCAGUAGCACAUCACGGGGGCACCAGCUCGUGGCUUUCUGGGCACCAUUCCUGCUGGUGCACCUUGGUGGCCCAGACAGCAUCACCGCCUACGCCCUUGAGGACAGCCGGCUCUGGCUCCGGCACUUGCUCACUCUUAUCGUGCAGGCCCUUGCAGCUGCUUAUGUCCUCCACAAAUAUGUUGCUGAUAGUGGGAUCUUGCUCCUCCGAGCCGCCAUCAUGGUGUUCAUCGUUGGUGUCCUCAAGUAUGGCGAGAGGACAUGGGCACUCAAGCAUGGUAGCAUGGGUAGAAUCCAGAGCGAGAGUAGAAGUAGUCAUGAUAUUGUUUCUGAAUUUGAUAUGCCGAAUGGUCUGGCAGAUCGAAGAGAUAACGAAGAGGAACUUCUGAUUGCUGCUUACAGCAUGUUCCCGAUAUGCGUGCACCUCUUUGGCGGUACCAUUAUUGGGCCUAAUGAUUUAAAUAGGUUGCUGCGGAAGUAUCAUCUCGGUGGAGAAGACUUGCACAAGUUGGUAGAGAUGGAGCUGUCCCUGAUGUAUGACACCCUGUACACCAAGGCAGCGGUAAUCCACACAUGGUACGGCUUCUGCAUUCGUAUAAUUUCUCUGGCCUUAACCAUCGCUGUAUUCCUGCUGUUCAAAUCCAGCAACAAGUUGGGUUACAGCAGAGCUGAUGUUGCCAUCACCUAUGUUUUGGUGAUUGGGGCAUUGGUCAUGGAUAUCAUAUCAGUGUGUGGGAUAGUAGGGUCAUCCUGGAUUUGCCUACACAUUCGUCGGCGUCUGCAUGUAACAAGAAAGAGAAGGUGGUCGGGCUCCAUUGGGCAGUAUAACUUGCUCCACCUGUGCACCCAUGACCAGACUGAUCUAGGCAGCAGGCUGGCAGAAAUGGUGGGGCUCGAGGACUGGUGGAGCAGACUGCAUUUCUCGGGCACCGCCGACAUCUCGGUGACAGAUCUUAAGGAUCUGCUCUUCAAGACAUUGCCAGACAUAGACUCCAGGAACUCAAGAGGUGCCAACAUACUGAAGAACAGGGGAUUAAGCAAGGAUCGUGCAGAAUGGUGUCAUUGGAGUGUGAACAUUGACCUCGACCGGAGCAUCCUUAUUUGGCACAUUGCUACUGAUAUCUACUUGUGUAGAUCCAAAGUAAAGCAUGCGGAAAAGCUUGCUGAGGCAGUGAAGGUGCUAUCCAAUUACAUGAUGUUCUUGCUGGUGGCAAAACCUGCUAUGCUGCCUGGCCUUAUUCGCCAUGCCCUGUAUGCCCAGACCCGCAACAAUUUGUACUGCAAUUGGUCUAGGCAUUUAUCCGGUGGAUGGGUUGUGCCCUCACAUCAGUUGCAGGUUGUAUCACCCAAAAAGAGCUGGCUCUGCAUGGUCAAGGAAUUAUUCCACCACGAGGGCCCCAAUGGCCCGUGCAGAAUCAUACAAAGGGAGGAACUUGCUCGAUCUAUGCUGAAGGGAGAGUUCUCCCAAGUUAGCGGAAAAGCACAGACUGCUGGUUCUCGUGAAUUUGCUAUUGACUACGCAAUUGACCUUGCUGCGGAGCUUGUCAUCUUGGAGUCAAGCAAGCCUGACUUACUAGAAGUUAUCUUUGGGGUGUGGUUGGAAAUGUUGUGCUACGCCGCCCAGAACUGCAGUCCGGAUUCCCAUGCCAGACAGCUCAGCAAUGGCAGCGAGUUCAUUACGGUCGUGUGGCUUCUAAUAUAUCAUGUUGGCAAAUCAGGGGACGACAGCUCAAGCCUCGAUGUUCCGGCACCGCCAAUGCGCAGGCCAACACGCAGUUGGCCUUGA